AUGAUCCCUCUUGGUUCGUGCACCAUGAAAUUGAACGCGAGCGCUGCGAUGCGAGCUUUGACCUGGCCCGAGUUUGGGGGUGUUCAUCCGUUUGUGCCGAAUGGCGUCGAAGGAUGGAAGGUUGUCGUCGACGAGCUCUCUCGUGACCUGUGCACAAUCACUGGAUUCGCCGCUUGUUCGCUACAACCCAACUCGGGUGCGGCGGGCGAAUAUGCUGGGUUGAGCGUGAUCCGAGCUUAUCAUGCCAGCCGUGGCGAACAGCACCGCGAUAUCUGUUUGAUUCCUGCCAGCGCACAUGGUACUAACCCGGCUUCGGCCGUGAUGGCUGGUAUGAAGGUCGUUCCUGUCAAAAAUCUUCCAAACGGAAACUUGGAUUUGGAUGAUCUGAGGGAGAAGGCGGCGAAGCACAAGGACAGGCUCGGAGCGUUCAUGAUCACUUAUCCUUCGACUUAUGGGGUCUUCGAGCCAGGGGUUCAAGAGGCUUGCAAGAUCAUUCAUGAUAAUGGAGGACAAGUGUAUCUCGAUGGUAGGUGCAAACUUGAAUGCCCAAAUUGGAAUGACCAACCCGCUAUAUGCGGGGGUGAUGUCUGUCACUUGAAUUUGCACAAGACAUUUGCCAUUCCUCAUGGUGGAGGAGGCCCUGGUGUCGGGCCCAUCUGUGUUGCCGAACAUCUUGCGCCCUUCCUUCCUAGCCACCCGAUCAUCCCAACCGGCGGUUCGACAGCCAUCGAAGCCGUUGCGUCCGCACCAUACGGAAGUGCCUCGGACUAUGGAUUCCACCCUCCUACAUGCUCAUGGCCUAUCUCGACUGCAAUGCUCAUCGAACCGACCGAGAGCGAGUCCUUGCAUGAGAUUGACCGUUUCUGCGAGGCGAUGAUUCAAAUUCGCAAGGAGGCUGAAGAUGUUAUUACUGGUGUUCAGCCUAGAGAUAACAAUCUUAUCAAGAACGCACCACAUCCGAUGUCCGUCAUUGUGGGCGAGUGGGACCGGCCGUACUCUCGCGAAACUGCUGCAUUCCCGCUCUCGUGGUUGAAGCAGCGCAAGUUCUGGCCUACUGUAGGCCGUGUGGACGAUGCCUACGGUGAUAUCAACCUAGUGUGUGAAUGCCCAAGCGUCGACGAGCUCGCAGAGCAAGGUCUUUAA